AUGGCGUCCCUGAAGCUGACCAUAAAAAAUGACAAAUUUCCAGGCCGUCACCCAGACUUACUUGGCAUGAGCUACAAAUUCUAUGAGAACGAAUUUCUGGCACCUAAGUGGAUCGCCAUUAUGUCGAUCGAGUUGAGCGACCAUAUUGUAGCGGCGAAGACGUUGAGUUAUAGAGAAGCGUCGUCAUUACCAAUUCCGUGGCUUCUUAACCUUCACCCUUGCACUAAUUCUACCGUAGAAAACUCACUCGUUGUCAACGUUGCUCCCGGUUUCCGCACAACCAUUGGCCUGACAUACCGGAGGGUGUACAUGAAAGGGACGCCUACGGCCCCGAAAUGCGAGAGUCCGCGAGAGCAGUCCCUGAAACGCUACCUUAACGCCACUAGUUCGUACAACAAAGCCGGAUGCAUGCACACUGCACAUCUAACCCGAGCCGAGAAAAAGUGCAAGUGUGUGAUGAAGGCUAGUGAAACUCUCUUUGACGACCGUGAAGAAUGUAGCAUUCUCACGUAUUUCACGUGUUUUUUGCCAUAUUUACAGGAAUUUAAGCUGAGUCACGAUACGAUAGAUCCAGGGUGCCCGGAUGACUGCAUCGUCGACACGUACGAGUACCAGAUGUCAUCGCACGUAGCGCCCUCUGUGCGCUGGUCGAAAGUCCUAAAUAGGUCAUUGGCUGAAUCAAGGUUAGAAGUUAUUUUCUCGCGUUGA